CUUGGCCAUAAAUUCAAUUUUAGCCUCUAAUUACCCCCCCACCGCUCCACCGCCUGAAGCUCCACAAUGGACACCGUGUGGGCCAGCAGCAGCUAUAGCUGAUAAACGCAGCUCCUCCUCCUCCGCCGUAACGCCGGCUGUGCCCUUGCCCCUGUCCUUCACUUGGAUUCACCUAAUCUCUCGCUCUCUCUCUUCGCGAUAAGUCACUUCUCCUUCGCUAUUCGUCAUUGGAGAAGUUCACCUGCAUUUGCAACCCACAAUCAUGACGGAAUCCAUCGAUGUGCUGGUCUUUGGCUCGGCCAUCAUUGAUUUCAUAUGCUACACCCCUCGCCUGCCCAAGCCCGGGGAAACCCUUCACGGCAGCAGCUUCCAGACCGGUUACGGCGGCAAGGGCGCCAACCAAUGUGUGGCCGCCGCCCGUCAGGGUUCUCGCACAGCUUUGGUGGCCAAGCUGGGUGCCGAUAGCUUUGGCAGUGAUUACCUGCGUCAAUUGGCAGCCGAAAAAGUCAAUGUGGAGCAUGUGCAGCAGCUGGAGGGUCAGACCACGGGUGUGGCCCAAAUAGCCGUAUCCGAGGGCGGUGAAAACAACAUUAUAAUCGUGGUGGGAGCCAACAAUUCUCUCAGCUCCAAUGAUGUGACCAAGGCCCAGUCCCUGUUCGAGAAGGCCAAGGUGCUGGUGUGCCAGCUGGAGACGCCCGUCUCGAGCACGGAGACGGCACUCAAGACCUUCCGGGGUAUAUCCAUUUUGAAUGGUGCCCCGGCCAUGGAGAAUACACCACCGGGAUUGCUGCAAUUGGCCUGCAUUUUUUGUGUAAACGAAACGGAGGCGGCGUUAAUGACGCGAAUGCCUAGCAUUGACACGGUGGAAGAAGCCAAAAUUGCCGUGGAAAAGCUGUUACAUAUGGGUGCCAAUACGGUGAUUAUAACGCUGGGCAAGCUGGGCGCUGUUUUGGGCAACACUACGAUGAAGCUGGAAGAUUACCAGCAUGUGCCUGCCCCUAGAGUGGCGCCGGAAAAGGUGGUGGAUACCACUGGAGCCGGUGAUGCCUUCAUUGGUGCCUUGGCCCAUAAUAUAGCAAGGCAUCCAAAGGGUAAGCUGGCGGAUCUUGUGGCCGCCGCCUGUGAGGUGGCCUCACAAUCCGUUCAGUUGCCUGGAACACAAGCCAGCUUUCCGCGUAGCACUUAGCUGGGAGUACACUUACUAGCCAGGAUUUGCAAUAAAUCAUCUUUCUGUUUGA